GACCCCACUGCCCAGUGGCCCGAGGACAGCAGUGAAACAUGUCCUUUUCUGCGACCAGCGGUGUUCCAGGUCGAUGGACACAGGGCCAGGAGUCCCAGCCAGAGAAGACGGACGGCGGCUGGGAUUGGUGUUCGGACCGAAGCCCUUGUUCAUCGAUGAUGGAGAUGGAGCCGGAGAAAGUCAACGUGCGGAGGGGGCUGAGCGCAGACACGUCCUCCUACCGCUGUGCCGCCUGCCACGGGGAUGAAGACGGUCUGAUGGUCCACCCCAUCCGGGGUCGCGCCAAGUCCCGCAGCCUGUCUGCCUCGCCCGCCCUGGCGAGCACCAAGGAGUUCAGGAGGACCCGCUCUCUGCACGGGCCAUGCCCAGUGACCACUUUUGGACCAAAGGCCUGUGUGCUGCAGAACCCCCAGACCAUCAUGCACAUCCAGGACCCUGCCAGCCAGCGGUUGACGUGGAACAAGUCCCCGAAAAGCGUCCUCGUCAUCAAGAAGAUCCGGGACGCCAGCCUGCUGCAGCCCUUCAAGGAGCUCUGCAUGUACCUGAUGGAGGAGAACAACAUGAUCGUGUAUGUGGAGAAGAAGGUUCUAGAAGACCCUGCUAUUGUGGGUGACGACAGCUUCGGGCCCGUGAAGAAGAAGUUCUGCACCUUCCGAGAAGACUAUGACGACAUUUCCAACCAGAUCGAUUUCAUCAUCUGCCUGGGCGGGGACGGGACCCUGCUCUACGCCUCCUCGCUCUUCCAGGGCAGCGUGCCUCCCGUCAUGGCGUUCCACCUGGGCUCGCUGGGCUUCCUGACCCCCUUCAACUUUGAGAACUUUCAGACCCAAGUGACUCAGGUGAUACAGGGGAACGCAGCUAUUAUUCUCCGGAGCCGGCUGAAGGUCAAGGUCGUGAAGGAGCUCAGAGGGAAGAAGAUGGCCAUCCCUAACGGGGUCAGUGAGAAUGGGGUGCUGGCCUCGGACUGGGACACGGAGGCCGGGAAGCAGGUCAUGCAGCACCAGGUCUUAAACGAAGUGGUGAUUGACAGAGGCCCCUCCUCCUACCUGUCCAACGUGGACGUCUACCUGGACGGGCACCUCAUCACCACGGUGCAGGGUGAUGGCGUGAUCGUCUCCACCCCAACGGGCAGCACGGCAUACGCAGUGGCGGCCGGGGCCUCCAUGAUCCACCCCAACGUGCCGGCCAUCAUGAUCACUCCCAUCUGUCCCCACUGCGUGUCAUUCCGGGCCAUCGUGGUCCCUGCAGGAGUCGAACUCAAGAUCAUGUUGUCACCAGAAGCAAGGAACACCGUGUGGGUGUCCUUCGACGGACGGAAGAGGCAGGAGAUCCGCCAUGGAGACAGGUGGGUGGGCGCUGGGCCGGAGCAGGGUGAGGAGUGAGGGGUGUGCCCGCCU